GACUAGCAUAGUUAAUUACGUAAUCAUUGAAAGGAAACGAGAAGAGUACAACGAUGACGUUUUUACGUACUUAUUCGUCCCGCGCAAAAACAAAGGCAUAAUUGGCUUUGUCUCGAGUAUAUCUGAUUCGAGAAAGAUGAAACCAUGCAUCCAUUGAAUACCUAAUGAAAAAAUAAAUAAAGUUAUUUAGAGCGAUGGCUACGUUUGCAAAUAUCUCGAUCCUAAGACUGAGCAUUGUGAUCUUUCUCUGCGACUAUGCGACGAGUUUGAUUAUACCGGAAGAACUUCCUACGAUACUUUCGCUAAUUUAUUCGAACAUACCGCCAAUAAAAAAAGGAACGGACUCGAGACUUGGCGUUGGUUUCCGACUCGGUGAACAUGCCGAUUUUCAAAUUCUCUUUGAAUUGGGACCUCAAACUGAUACCGAUCCAAUCGGUACCAACGAAUCCAAAAAGAGAAGAGACGCGAUGUACAUGGCUGCGAUGAAGGGAGAAUUAGGCCCUUUGGCACAGGCUAUCGCGAAAUAUCAAACCGAACGUAAGAUAUACGAGGAGCUAGAAAAGCUCAAGAAGCUCGAAGACAAGAUGAAGAACGUCGAAGUUCAAAAUACGGAAGAUAAUAAAAAUGAUACUUCCAGCGAUUGGUUGAUGAAUUGGAGUAAGGAAAUGUCAAAGUCCUCCGGGACUCAAGUGCCAUUGAAACGAGUUUCCAAUGAGGAAAUUUCUUUAAACACCAACGGUAGUAGUCAGUCACAUCAGAAAACACAGUCUACUGCUGGGGGCAAGGAGAAACUAGAAGAACUAAAAAAAUUAUAUAAAUCAGUUGAUAAUAAAACUUAAAUUUGUUUAUAAGAAAAUGCUUACGCGAGACACGAAGCCAUUUCCCGUAAUAUGUAUCGUAAUAGAGACGAAAUACAAAAAGCAAAUUUCAAUAUGACAA